GAUACAGUCCGCAAAUAUUUCAUGUAGGUUACAUACAUAGGUACCAAAUCAGUCAUUUACGGUUGCAAUUGCAAUGUAUUCUGAAGAGAAGAAAUUAGUUUUGUUGUAUUGGGUAUAUUUCUACAUCGUAUAACUGAUGAUUAUGACCGUUGGGAAAUACAAUGCGUUGCAUUGAAUUAAAUAUUCGAUCUGUUAUAUAUAUUAUAUUUGUUGUCAUACUGAAUGGAGUAAAUCAGUCUAAAUCAAGUGACAAUGAUACUUUGAAAGAUUUACAUCAUGAUCUGUUACAAAAGCGUAGUAGUGUGGAAAAGUCAAACUGUCCAUCUGAUAUUGAAUGUUUUAAAUUAGGAGACCCUUGUAUUAAAUGUGCCUUCAAUGAGUCUUGUAUAUAUGGAAGUCCUGUGAAUGCCACUUGCCGUGCCAUAGUAAACUGCACUGGAAGAAAAACAUUUGAGCGCAGUUUGUUGUGUCGAUACUGCUAUCAGACGGAGAACUGGGAACAUGUGUGCACAUACAAUGCUAAAUGCAAGUCUAUCUCAUCACCUCGAGCAUAUUACAGGACAAACUGUACAGUGAAAAGUGAGGUAUUGUGCUUUGGGCGUAGAACAUUCCUUAAGAAUGUUCCAUGCAAUUGGACUGGGGGCUACAAAUGGAGUACAGCACUUUUUCUCAGCAUUACUUUGGGAGGAUUUGGGGCUGACAGGUUUUAUCUUGGUCACUGGCAAGAAGGGAUUGGAAAACUCUUCAGUUUUGGUGGGCUUGGAGUUUGGACUCUUAUUGAUGUUAUUCUAAUAUCCCUUCAUUAUUUAGGUCCAGCAGAUGGAUCCCUGUAUAUAUAAUAAUAAACAUCUGAAGCUCGUUGUCUUAAUGUCAUGUUACACAGGUAUCUUAUAGUGAAGGAUUUGAGGUUUUCACAGCAGUGAGUAUGAAGAUUGCUACAACUCAGAAGACGGCAAUCUUUAGGCAUCUUAUUGCAUUAUAUAAGAUCAUUCUUAAUUCAACUGUGAAAAAUCAAAUAACAAUGAAUAGAGUUUUUAAUUCACAGUA